UUGUUGUUGUUUCGUUUGUUGGUGGUGGUGCGGUGGUGGUUGGUGGUGGUGGUGCAACGAUAUUGCGGCAAGCAGCGGGCAGGUGGCGCUUGGUGUCCACCAAAAGCUGCAGCACUGUUAAUUGGAUUAGUCCCAAAAAGUCGUUAUAUCGAUAGAUAGACUUGAAAGUCGUUGUUUAGUGAAAGAGUUGCCCAUUAACUGCGUGCAGGGAGCGUGAGACACACACAUAGAGAAAGAGAGCGCGCGCGAGAGAGAGAGAGAGAGAUGGCCACCACACAGCAAUAUUCAUUGCGCUGGAACAACUAUUUGCGGCAUUUGACCUACUCAUUGGAUAACCACAGGCUUAACGAUGACUUCGUUGAUGUUAGCCUCUGUGUGGAUGGUCGCAAGAUCAAGGCCCACAAGGUGGUGCUAUCAUCAUGUUCAUCCUACUUCAAAGAGAUAUUCAAAGAGAAUCCACAUCCGCAUCCUGUCAUUAUAUUUAAGUUUAUCAAAUUCGAAGAUCUCAACUCGAUAGUCGAGUUCAUGUACCAGGGCGAGGUGAAUGUGCAACAAGAGGCGCUGCAAUCGUUUCUGCAAACGGCAGAAUUACUUGCCGUGCAGGGUUUAACCGCUGAGGAGAAGGAGAAGCCGCAGCUGCCGGUGGCGCCACUGAUCAGUGAACACAAGCUCAUCAAGACAAUACCCAGCACAAUACGUGCCGUCAACGAGCAGCAGCAGCAUCAUCAUCAACAGCAACAGCAGCAGCAGCAUCAUCAACAGCAGCAGCAGCAGCAGCAGGUGGCUGUGGCAACUGUCGGGCAGGCGCAGAGUGCAACACAAACCAUCGAAAUACCAACGGCAACGCUGUUGCAGGCAACGGCAACGCAGGUUCAAACGCAGGUCGCUGCUGUCGCCGCGGCACAGUUGCAAGUGCAGCAGAGCCAACAUCAACACCAGCAACAACAGCAACAGCAGCAGCAUCAUCAUGUACAAAGCACUCAGAUACAACACAUUCAGGUUCAGGCGGCACCGCCACAACAACAACAACAGCAGCAACAACAACAACAGCCACAGCAACAGCAACAACAGCAGCAGGUGGCAGCGCAGGCGCAACACCUGACGAUCACGAAUACUGUAUCGCUGCCAACGGCGAACAACGUGAAGAAGCGGAAAAUCACAUUCUCGGAUGACGAUGACAACAUUUACACCACCGAAACGGUCGAUUAUGCCGUAAAGGACGAACAGACCAUUGUGAAAACUGCUGAGAUGACUUUUCUGCGAGGUGCCGUCAAAAUGGAUAUACCAGAUUAUAUAGUCAGUGAGGUGGAUGAUCGUCUGUCGGACGGUGCCACGCCACAAACGUCACAGGAUGCCACCACAGGUGCCGCACAGACUGUGGCUCAAUACUCAUCCGAAUACGAGAUCCUAACUGAGUCUGAAAUCGAGGAGAAAUAUCAAGCAGAUCCCGAUAAUGCUGAAAUUGCCAUCGAAAUGACACGCUUGCUGGGCACGGCGAGUGGUGCAACAACCACAACCACCGCUCAGGCGGUGCUGGAGGAUGCUGGCGCUGUGACGACGGGUGGCACAACGACAGUUUCUGUGACGCCAGUGAAAACGGAUAAUAAAGCCAGUGGAACCAAUGAUUCACCCAAUAAUAAAUGGACAGAAUGUCAGUUUUGCAAAAUGGUUAUUACCACGGUGAAUCUUUGGAGACAUAUUCGCACCCAACACACGCCUCAACCACCGCGCAAAUGUGAGCUUUGCAAUAAGAAUUUUAAAAACAAAUACAGCCUCCGAGAGCACAUACGCAUCUCCCACGAGCAGAAGGUCGCCAUCAAGACGGAGAACUGAUGGACGAUCUUUCAAGUGCAGCACGGUGUCAAUUGAACCAAUCCGUCUCCGGUGGAUCGAGAUGUAUCAAUGGAGAAAGAGACAGCACUAACUGGCAGCACACUCACACACACUCUCAGUCAAGCAAGGAAGACAGAGAGAGAGAGAGAGAGAGAGAGAAAGAGAGAGCGAGAGGGUGAUGAAGGAGAGCGAGCUAAAACAUUACGUCCAAAACAAAAAUGCACUUCAAAAAUGUUAGCAAAUGCAAAGAAAAUGUUGAAAAAACUACAGAAAAAUCAAAUACACAACACACACCACACACCACACAUACAUAUAUUAUACACACACAAAACAUUUUACAGUCAUUAAUUAGCCUAAACAUUGCCACAUCAAAUCCAGCAUUAAUUUUUUUUUUUUAAUUUGUAUUUAGACCAAUUUCCACAACAAAAAUAUGCAGCAUAUGAGUAACUUAUUUGGAAUUUAAAAACUUGCGUUUUUGAGUGUUGGAACAGUUGGCUGAAAAAUAUAUAUACAUAUAUAUAUAUAUGUGUGUGUAUGUGUGUUACGUAUGUGUCUAUAAACAAAAGUUUGUAAUUUGUAAGCAAAAAAGGAAAAACUAUUUUCAGUCAGUAGAGUCAAUCAGUCAGUGGAGCUGGUGUAUCCCAUGUUGACCAAGCCAUGUCAUCUAUAUAUACCUAUAUAUUAAUUGGGUCUACCAAAGUCCCAUUCAAUUUACAAAAUGAGAAAUAACGUAUAUUGUUUAAUUUAUGAAUGUAUUGUAUUUUAGUUGUUUAGCUAGCGAAAGUGCGUCACGUACAUCACGAAUUGUACAUACUGCGUAGAACUAAAUCUUUAAAUUUAAACUAUUAACUAUAAAAUAUAAUAUAUACAUAUACUUGUAUAUAUAAAUUAUGUUUAGUUAAUUUUAAAACACUUUUGAGCUAGAGCCAAAGCCAGAGCAGGCCGUCAGUUCCAAUCUACAGUCGCUUAUGUUUUAUACUACUCGUAUAUUUAUGUAUUUUGCUCAACACACAAACAACACACACACAAAUUGUACAAAAUGAAAUAUGUUUUGCCAGCGAAUUGUGAAAAGCGUUCAGCAAUUGUUUAAACAUAGGCUGAGUUAAGGCAAACAUUUGUAUAUUAUUCUAUUUCUAUUAGUUUCUAAAACUUGCCACUCCCACAUUUCCAUACCUUCCCUCCCUACCUCUUCUCUAAAUUUAGAUAGUAUAACACAUUCAAUUUAAGCGCAAAAUACAACUUUCAUAUUAAAUUUGAAAUUUUUUUUAUUCGCAUAUAUUUCAAUGUCAUAAAGUUGGAUGUAUGUACAUCCCAUACUCUCCAACUCACCUUUCACACACACACAAACACAUAUACAUAUACACUCCUACACGCUAAAGAUAAUAUACAUAAAUAAUACUUAGUUAAUUAAAAGGCUAAUUAUAUAAUGAACAACUCAUACGUAUUAUAUAAAUGUAUAGAUAUAUAUUUACAUAUAUCGUAUCGAUUACAACAAUUUUGAUGUCAACAAACAAACAAUAAAAUGAAAGAGAAAACAUACAUAUACAACUUAAAGUGCAGUAAAAUGAACAGCAGAUUGUCUUCGGUCUAACCGAAGUUGAAACACUCUUGCAGACUCUACUCUAUCUCUAAGUAAAUAUGUUUAUAAAGUAAAUAUUUUAUUUAAAAUAUGUGGAAAUAAAGCAUUAGAAACUAUUGUAAUUCAGUUAUGCGAUAUGUAUUGCGAUAGUUCACGCAACUAUCAUUACUGUUAAUAAAAGAUUCCACUUUAAAACUGUUGGAAAACUGGAAAAUUCAUAUAGUCUGCAAGAGUAUUUAGAAAAUUUUUGUAAGUUAAAUUCAGAAAACAUUAAAAUUUUGUGUCUCCCGUAUAUAUUUGUGUAAUGUAAACAGCAACAGAAUAAGUAUAUGAAACAAAAAGAGAACCAAAUAUGCUAUGUGUACAUAUUUAUAAAAAAAAAAUGAAAUGAUAACAAAAUCAAGAAAGAAAGUAAGAAAAAUGUUUGAAUUUUCUUCUCCUUUUUUUUAAGCAAAGAAAAGGAUAACGAAAUGAAAUCAAAUCAAAUACACGUAAUAAAAGCCAAGAAUUAUACGUAUUUCCAGCUUAAUGAAAA